AUGCAUCACCUGCGCCUGAAGUUUGCCCACCAGCGCACAAGCCCCUGCCGGCAUCUCCACCUCAAUCCUGCUGUUCGUGUCGUGAGGUAUUCGGCUGGGAAGAUAUAUCUGGCACUCGAGUUCCAACCCCGACGCCGACCCGCUCUCAUUUGUCGACUGGAAAGUCCCGAACUAAGUCGCCCCAGGCCAAAUGUACCUGCAGGAGACACACUCCACCCCCGGAACCAGAGAUCCGACACUGCGACUGUUGUCACAAGGACUACCAUUCUGAUAGCGGCUCCCAUGUCUCCCCAUACGACGAUACAUUAUCGGAUUGCUCCUCGGUUCGAGUUAUCCCUGAUUAUGACAGGGAAGUCGAUGAAUCUCGGUGUGGUGCUUAUCACCGCUGCCGUCCAAAAUUUGACUGUCGGCAAGGCUGGGUUUGUGGAAAGAAGUGAGGUUUUUAUUCCCAAUUAG